AUGAGCCAUAUCAAAUACAUGUGCUGGCGAGCUCCCCUUUCCGCGACGCCGUACCAUGCCUGCGGCCGCGCAGCUGCGACAGGCACUUCGGCAUCCAGUGUGCCGUCCGCCUCGCUGUGGCUCGCGACGGCGCUCUCUGCAGCGCGUUCCACUGCUGCGGCAGGUGGGGGCGGUAGCUGCCGCAGGUGGCAAUUACCCGAGUGGCCGCACACGUCUGCGCCAACGCCACUCGUAUUCGCCGUUCGAUUUCAGAGCGGCGUGGCGGGCGCGUGUGAGGCGCCAAAUGGGGGGAGCGGCGACAGCAGCAAGGGGCUGCAAGAAGCGGAGGCUUUGUUGCGGGAGCGCUUUGGACCUCAGGCGAAGUUGGUGCUUCGCCGCUGCCCG